GCGCGGUAUGUGUUAAUGGAUACAAUUAACAGAGAUUAACACUUAGUUCAACUAUCGAUAAGAUAGUUGUUUAAUUCAAGCUCAGUUCAGACUCCUUUGUGAGAAGCAAAUCCAUUAAUGUGUUUUAACGAUGUUUUCUUCUUCGUUUUAUCCUUAAAAGAUACCGCUUUUUAUAUUUUCUCACCGUCACCUCAAUUUGAAUGGCUUGAAACGAUUACGUGUGAAUUAAAUCCUAAACAUUAUGGUGUUUAUUUUAAGUUAAUCCUGAUUAUUUUUGCCGCCGGAAGCUCAUGCCACCUGUUGGCCCUUGUUUGGACAACAUCAUUGAAUGUUUUUUUAAAAAACGGAAAUGGAAAAAAUCAAAUCGAAAUCAAUAACACAGCAGAAAUGUUGUUGAUAAUGAAGUUCCUUUAAUUCAUCCUUCAGCGUGAUCAGUUCAUUUCUUUAGCAUUCACCUAUUAUUGCUUUUCAAAACAUUCCCGGCAAACACGAAAUUCUUGAAGAAUUUGAAGUUGUCAGACCGACUAGGCAUGGUGGUCUUCUGUUAGGACGGAGGGGGAAAAAGUUUCCCGUUUCCCCUCUCUACGCCUGAGUGAGGACCAGUAACCAUGAUGGGCACCUGGUGGAAAAUCAAGUCGUCGUAUUUUCUCGAUUAUUAGUAUAGUAAUCGGCAUUGAUUCAGGGCAAGAAGUUUUAUCUCGAGAAACGGUAUCUUGUGGAAGAUUACUGUUUAUGACACGCAAGGCCUGUCAAUUGUAUACUUUACAUUUGCAUUUUUGUGCGGUAUCGCAAAGUACUUUUUAAAAAUACCAUGUAACUGAAACGAAUAUGCCUAGGAUAUCGGCUGUAUGUCUGAACUCCCGUAGUACGAUCUUUACAGCAACCCUAAUGAGAAUUUGUGAGUGAUGGACUUACAAAAAGGGAAAAAAUGUGGCGUAGAGUUGUUCGGUUCUCUUUCUAUCAAAUAAUGUGACCUUCUAAAUGUAGCAUGUGAAAUAUGCACGCUUAGCUUGACCCAAGGUCUCUUUAAGACAACUUCGACAAUACGUGUACACCUUUUGUCCACCAAUAAACCAAAUUCGACCAUCUUAAUUUUAUGUGAGUCGGGCGUAGACGAUCUGCAAACGAUUGCCGAUUGCCGGAGUGCUAAUGAAAAAAGGUUGAAUGUGAAUAGAGACUUACGUCGUAUCGUAUUCAUUUGAAAACGUAAAAGAUACCCUAAGCAUGGCAGAUUAUUUGCAUGUUAAAAUACAAAAACAACAAUGGUUUUUGUGACCUAUUGUUGUUGUUUUGGUAAAAGCAAUAGUCUUCUUUGAUCAUGAUAGAGGAUUGUGAAGUACAAAAGAUUUCACUAAGCUGUUUUUUAAUUCCGGGUGAAGCGUGCUGUCCAGCAAGUCACCUGCUUCAGUUUCCUUUACUAAAAGGAAGAUUCCGUAAUUUCGUUAAUAAAUUCAUUUAAACUGUUCAACUGACACGUAUACGUAUAAUGUGUAAAGCUUUUAGCGCUUGGUAUCGAUUGCAUUUUAAAUAAUUUCAAAAUAAACUUUUGAGUGUGAGUGCGAAAUUACUUUUGAAAAGCCCACGACACUCAGCAAACACCUUUCAAGUCAACAGUGUUUUGGGAAAUGAGCCAAUGAAAAGCAAGGGAUUCUUUUCUCUAGGUGUCAAACAUCCGUAGUUUCCAUGGCAACCACAAAAACUGCGAAGCGCGAGAGACGUUUAAUUGUGUGCUAAUGAGUUUCCCUCCUCCAACGCCAAAGUGUAUUUUGAAUAAUCCACAACGCGCAAAGCGACCGCCUUCAGACAGGUUUCCUUUGAAAAUACGAGGCGACAUCAACUUCAAACAUGGAAUGGCAUGAUGAUGAACUAGAUGAGGUUUAUACGUCAAAAAGGGCUACGAAAAGGAAACUUCAAACGUUAAAACCAUUGCUACCCGGAGGUGGUGAAAUAAAGAUGGAUAUUGACCAAGAUGACGACAGCGAUAGUGGAAUAAGUCAAGUUUAUCACCCGAGCUUAAACAACAACUCUUUCUCACUUCCAGACAUAGCAAAAACUGAACUAGCGUCAAGACUUGCUGCUGCAUCACCGACACAUCCUGCAAAUAUUAAGGCGAGGGUUUUGUGGAAAUACAAUGCUGUUGAACGGUCAGACUUACAAGCGGAAAAGGGGGAAAUAGUGCUGCUACUCUACAGAGAAAACAGUAAGGUUUAUGCAGUGAAUAACAAAGGAAAAAGAGGAUUCAUUCCGUUUAAUUAUUGUACUGUGUUACGUAAAAAUGAUUUCGUCGCAAGCUUUCCUCGCACUGAGAUUACGAGUAGCGUCAAAUGGCCUACGAAGGUUCACGCUCACGACUUUCAAAAGGCUUCGUCUCAUCAGUCACGGGCUUCUUGUAUUUCUACAAGAGUAGUACAUUUGUCACGCAGCAAUGUCACUACAUCCUCUGUUCAAAGAAGUCGGAGCGAAGAGGCGCUGUUCAGAAAUCACGGUCAAAAAUUGAGGACACCAAAAAUGUCUUCGUCGCUCGAAGACUUACCCGACGACAACCGAACCACCUCCAUGGUAUCCGAUCUUAUUCAUUGGGAUCGAAAAGCACCAGAGACUUUUAGACGUCGGCAAAAAGUUCAAGUGACUCACUUCCGAAAGUUUGAAAAUGAAGUUGUGAUGGUUUUAUUUGAUUUUCACGCUGCGGACGAAAAUGACGUGGAUGUGCAGCGUGGAGAAGUUGUGACCGUCCUCAACAGAGAUGACGAGGACUGGUGGUGGGUGAUGAGAGACGACGGCCUUGAAGGAUUUAUUCCAAGUUCUUACGUCUCUAUUGAAGCCAUUCGAAUAUCUUCCGGUAGUUCUCCUGAAAGUACUCCAAGGAGCAACUCAACAAGCAGUUCAGAGAAUCAAGUGAGAUUUCAGGACCCGCUAUGCACUUUCCACAGUUAUGAAAUAGACACCUCGGACUCAGACUCCACCAGAUCAAUCAUGGAGGGCGAGGAGUCUGGGAAGUGGAUGUUUGAAGAUUCCAAAUGGAGCACUUGGUGCUAAAAUAACUAUCCCAGGACCAAUUUCCUUUUCAAUCUUACGUCAAUCCUCUGUUAUAUGUUUAAAGGUGCUAUAAAAGGAAGAAAAAGACUUGUGUAAAAAAAAAAACAUAAUGAUUAAUUAAACAAUAGACACGAACGCAGUGUCAUAUUUGCAAUAUUCA